UUGACGUUCUAUUUGUUUGUUUAGAUUUCAAAGGUUAUUGCUUUAGUGUUUCCAAAUUACUUUCAAAAAUCAUGUCCAGCCAGCCAAAACACAUCAACGUUUAUGUGCCGCCGAUCAGCAGUUUUCCGGAAGCCAGUUUUCUGGGCGGCUAUGGACUGCAGAAUCGCGUUGAGCUGCCCAAGACCACGGAAGUCCUUGAGGAUGUCAUCGAUGAGCGGGACGCGCACUUCCUCUACGUAAUCGAUAGCCAGGGACGCCUGCUGGAGCACAUACGUUACUACGGGGACGAUUACCGGAUGGCUCUGCGUGAGGCCUUCACCACGAAAGUCCUUGACCAACAGAAUACUGGCGCAGAUCUCCCAUUGAAUCGGGAAUGGCGAAACGAGGAACCGUACCAGUGCACACAACAAAUGAAUUAAGUAAAAUCAAGUACAAAUUCGCUGUAAUUCCCGCCUGGUUGGUUACAUGAGAAUUUAUGAAAUAUAGACAAUUUGAAUUCAACAAAUUAA